AUGUUGCGAUUUAAUUCGACGCCAACGCCCUCUAGCCUCCCGUCUAUGCCCUGCGGCAGUACUAAGCUUAAUAACUUGUUCAUACUCGGAGCUACAACUCGUUUAAAAAUGCCGAUCUUAAAAAUAUUUACUAAUUUGCCUAAGAGCAAAAUUCCCGCUGACUUUGUCAACAAAAUUCUUCCUGUCCUGUCCCGAACAGUGAAGAAGCCUGAACACCUUUUCAUCUGCAUGGUGUCAAGUGACUGUUCGUUGUCCUUUGGAGGCAAUUCCACGUCCCCCAGCGCAUUGGCUACCCUGGAGUCCAUUGGCAACUUAGGAGUGGAAGAAAACCGAGUCAUUGCUAAGGAAGUCACUGAUUUCAUUGAGAAGGAACUUGGGAUUGCCAGAGAUCACUUCCUGAUGUCAUUCUAUGACAAGAGAGGCCGUGACAUCGCCAAGGGUGGAGUGACACGCUUCCCUGCCACGUAAACUGCCCACUUUUAAAUUUUAAUAAUAUAUUUUAUGUACAAUAAAAAUGUUAUAAUGUAAAUUUAUAUACUACGAUAAAUGAUAGCAGUUACAAGAACUUAGGCUAUUAUUAUUUU